AAAAAAAAAUUAAAAAAUUGAGCAAGUUUCCCCACGCACCCACUAGACAAUUUUAUCACCCUAAUUGGAAUGACUUCCGCUGGUGGGUUAACAAGACCAAAAUUUUAAGAAAAAGAAAAAAAACUCCUCCUCUCAUCCUAUUUACAUUUGGAGCCAAACCAGUAAUGUGGAAGGACUGGUUAUAUAAAUGACGCGAAGUCUCAGAGGUCACAGCAGAGCUGAAUAGCAUUCCUUCCUAACAGGGAAACCUGCCUGAACGCUGAUCCUUAGUAAUCACUCUCUGAAGUGUGUAAUAGGCUCUCUCCCAGAGUCUCUGCAAGUCCUCUCCAAGUGUGGAAGAGGAGGCUCAGUGUGACUGACAGCAUUGCCCCAGAGAAUUGAAGAUCAAGGACUUCCACUGGGAAUCUCCUCCAAACUCCCCUUCAUAGCUUCGUCAUGAAUUGUUGGAGUACUAAGUCUAGUUUACUGACACUUUUCAGUAAGUAUAUGUACAGUUGUAUUUCAUUUUAUAAUGCUCACAUGUGAAUGUUAACUUUUUUUUUUUUUUUAUGUAUUUACUUGACAAGUUAGCUUUCAUUGUAAAUGUAUUCUUUUCAAAUGUUUUUUAAUUGAACAGCUUUUGAAAAACAUUUCAAACAAUAUAUAACAUAAAUGUAAUAAUAAACAGUAGAAAUAUGAAGAAAAUAAUGUAAAAAGGAGGUGGAAAAAUAAUAAUGAGAAGUAGAGGAUUCCAUCUGUAGUUAGAUAGAAUGUAAUAAGCAAAUUCAGAGAGCUACAAAUAAUAUAUUUUCAAUGCUAACCUGGGUUUUAUGCUUUUUUCUGUCUGAUCUGAAAAAGAAAUAUAAGAUUUGUAAUUAUAUUUCUUGGUUAUCAUCUGACCUAUUUGUUCAUUCAUAAAUAAUAUGCUCAUAUGCUACCUGCAUACUGUGGAGUGUGCAUCAGUCUGACUUAAUGUGAUCUAUUCACUAAACCGUUAACAAAAUGACCUGCAAAAUAUAAGGGAAACUAGCUAUAUAAAAAAACAAUAAUUCAUCAAUACUUUUCAUAUUGUUAGUAUUUUUUUUUUACUUUGAAUGGUUUGUAUUGGUUUUCUGUACUUUCAGUUGAUUACGACAGAAAGCCCGUAAUAGACUUACAGGCUUUUUCAAUAAACUCCAAAUAUUACUGAUUUCAAAAUCGAAUCACAACAUUUAGGCAUAAAAUGCGGAUUUUUAAACAUUCUUCAACAUUUCUGCAGUCACACCUUGGCUGUUUUAGCAUAGGUUUUGCAAUUCAGUUUUCCGUAAUGUAUUAAGUACAAUUUGCUGUUUAGUGAGUAAACCAAAAAAGUAUAAUUUAGGUUAAAGGGACACUAGACGUGGUCUGGAUGCACUGUCCCUGAACCCCCCUAUUCCUGCAAUGUAAACCAUUCCAGUUUAAAGGAACUAAUACUGCCUUUAGUGGCUGUCUACCAGAUAGCCAUUAGAGGUGCUUCAUAAAGUUUCAUGGAGUUUGACACUUUAAAUGAGGACGUCCAGCGUCUUCGAAAACCCCAUAGGAAAGCAGUGAGGCAAUGCUUUCUUACGGGGAAGGCCUAAUGUGUUUGCGGCACUCACCAUGCAUGCACAUUAGGUCCCACCAUCUGCUGAUAUCAACGGAGGAAGAGCCAGACCCAGUGCCAGGGAACCUCAGUGCUGGAAUCAGUAAAGUGACUGAAAGCGGGUUUUUUUAACCUUCUCGUGGCCAAUGGGAGACACAAGGUCAGUGGGACACUUUAGUGUCAGGCAUGCAUCUUUGUAUUCCUAACACUAAAGUGUUCCUUUAAUAUGUUGAUUAGGUAUAACUUGCAGAGAUUCAAACUAACAUGUUGAAGUUUCAAGGUCAGUACAUGCUUAAUGGUAAUGAUCUAUUACUUGCUAGUUUUAGUUCAAGCUGCUUUUAAUAGCACAUCAUAGCAAGUCAUUGGCUGUCAAUUCAGUGCUACUGACACCUAACCCAUUUACGGGACAAGGUUUGCCUAUGAUGAAAUAUAGUGUAAAAGGCUCAUAACAAGACUGAUACAUCAAAGGAGGAUUUACAGAGCAGUGAAAUGGCGAAGACAUAUAAAAAUGGUAUUUAGCAGAGCAUUCUUUUAAUGAAUGCUGAUACAUUAACUCCAUAUAAAAGUUUUGAAAUGUUGACUCUUCCACUAUUUCACCUUUUGGUAACUAUUUUACACUUCAGAACCAUAAAGCACUUUAGCUUGCUAAAAUGUUUUAUUUGUGAAGAGCGUGUCCUUUUUACUUUAUAAAAAGUGUAGCAUUAAGUCGAAAUUGGCACUUUCAUAAAUUAACCAUGUACCGCCUCUCUGACUUUGAAGCAGACAAUAGAUCAUGUUACUUCCUGGUUGUUUAGCUCAGUGGAGGCAGACAAUUGCACAGAGCACCAGACUUUUAAAGAAUUCUGAUUAAGCUGCAUUGACAAUCCUGUCAUUGGACAGCCACAUCAACACAGGGCUUGCAAAGGCUUCUGAGAAAAGCAGUUUUUAGAUAUAACCCCAAUAAAAAAAAUGCAUAAUUAAAUGCAUGCACGUUUUCAUUUGGGGUAUAGCUACUACACAGUGAUGUAUUUAAUUAUUUAUUCAUUUUAUGGCGUGCCCCAUAAAACAUGGGAGUUAUAAAACACAGUUAUACAUAAUUAAUUAUUGCACAAUUCUGGUAUCAAGUGCAAAAUGUACCACAGUCACCAUGGAAACCUAUAGAAUAUUGCCGCUCACCAGUAGAACAGUACCCCAGGAUUUAUGGUUAUGCAUGACUUCCAUAAAUAAUGAUUAUUAAAAACACUUUUAUAGAGUUACUUGCAUUCUCUGUUAUUCACAUCAGACAUUUACAUUUCCUCAACGCUGAAUUGGGCAGAGAGCAUCAAAGAAGUGACAGAUCUGAGGUGAAAACAGAAGAGUUAUCCACUAAGGUAUUUACUAGGAGUUCCUUGGUGGUAACUCAGUGGUUGAACUCAUUGGGUUCCAAAGUUGCAUUUCAGUAGUCUAAUGCAAAUUGCAGUUGUUGUCUCUCAGAGUAGCAAACUUAGAUUAGAUUUGAGUGCAGUGUGGUCAGUGAGCGUCUUGGGAUCACACUUGGAGUAGAGCCAUUGUUGCAGUCAUUUAUGUAUUGACAAAAAUUAACUGGGUGAUUUGUGAAUUUAUAGAGUCUAGAUGAACACAAGUGGAAAGAACUCAAGCUAUACUAACAUUACACCAAUUUCUCAACAUGUCCUGGGACCUAUAUUGUGUCUUUAAACAUAAGAUAUUGAGAAUUUGUGCAACAUCUUUAACAACUGCACCUAAUCAUUGAUGGGUUUUUAGUUACUAAUAAUUUUACCUGUAUGAUCAGGUGCAGUCGAAAAAAAAUACAAAACUAGAUACAUCAAAAAGAAUCACAUGAAAUAGACAUAGGAUAUCUGAAAUGUGUGAGCUGAAUGCAGAAUAGCGGUUAACUCAAGAUUGUAUGUCUUUUGUCAUUGACAUAGGGAAAUGUAUUUCCCAGCAAAUUCCGAGCAAUUUCGUGUAAAGGUGUCAUCUUUGCUUUCUAAUUAUAGAUAUUUCUUGCACAAUUUCUGCUAUUCCGCAUGAAACCUGUUCAAAUUGCUCUUGAGCGUAAUAGCAUGUCUUAGUUUAGGUAGCUUUGUCUGUGUUCUCAAGAUGUUCACAGCAAAUUCCCACCCUAUAAAUCUUGAAAUGUGAUUCUGGUGUGUCAGUAUGGGCAAUGGCAUUAUGCUACGUUUUCAGUGUAUAUGUAUGUGACAUACAUGUGUUCAUCGCAAGUAAUCAGAUGAGUAGGCUGCAGAAGAUCAGUGUUAUCCACAAAUGCAGUCUUUACAUAUCCACCCAUGGCAUGACAAGUGCUCUUUAAAUGGACAAUCUAAGCACCAAACCACCGCACUGUAAUGUAGUAGUUGUGGUGCAUAGAUACAGUCCCUUUUCUCUACCAAUGUAAAGCAUAGGCAUUUUUGUAAAACAGCUUGUUUAAGGGUCAGCCUGAGCACAAAGCUAUUAUAACAUUUCCUAAAGAACACUUCACUAGUGGAUAGCUAGUCAAUAGCGGCACUUCCUUUGAAAAUCAAAGGUUCACAUUAGAUGUCAUUGUGCACACCAUACUAACGUAGAUUGUCACUAAUGCUUCUUGUAGACAAGCAUGGUAAUUAAUGCUUCUCUUUGAGAAGCAUUUGAUUGGUGAAAUGAUGUGAUUGGCAUGCAUGCACCAAAGUGAAAUAUACAGAAUUGAUGACGAAGAUCUCAGGGAAGGGAGUUUAAUGCUAACAAAAAAAGGAGCACACUAAAGUUAAACACAUAUAUUUAUUUUAAAAAUGUGAGUGUUCCUUUAAUGUCAAAAGCAGGAUUAUGUAUUUCGACUGAAGACACAAUGGGGGUUACGUAAAACAUGAAAAUAUGGAGCUCAAUUCUAAAAGUGGUUAUGCAAUCAGCAGGUACAUUCUGGCUUCCCUAAAGAUUACUCCCUUUUAAAACUCUGGGUAAUCUUUUGGAAUGUUAACCUCCGAACAGUGCAUGUAAUAAUGGGGUGUGUCGAAAUAUCAACUUUGAAAUGACGCUUUGGUAAUUUCCAAGCAAUUCUAUCACAGCUUGAUUUAUUUUCGAAUCCUUCAGGGUUUUUUUUUAGACAAACUGCAAGUAGCAUUAUUCUAAGCCAGGUAGAAGCAAUCUAAGAAUGAUGGUAAUUGAAGUUCACAGUACUAUUCAUUCAAGUUAGUUAAGGUUAGAGAAUAGGUUAGGAUAAGAGUGGAUCAUUUGGUUUGGUCUAGAACUGAUGCCUCAUAUGGUUAUUUAAAGGUUAAUGCUAAAUAUUAUAGGAUAUGGCUGGGUAGUUUGUUCAUUAAAAAUGAUAUAGAUUGCUUCUACCACCAUUUGUGGGAGAUUGCAGUAGUAGCUGCAGUCCUGGCCUGUAGAUUGACCCAAAGUGAGCAGUAAACAUGCACAAUAACACGCAUAGCCCAUAUACACACACAGACAACCCCACUAAGCGGACGUAGUACCCAUACAUAACACAAGCAGCAAAUGGCAAGAUGCACAGUCGUUAGUUUAAAGUAAAGAAGACUGUCACAGUGCUGCUAAUAGAUUUCCUCAUCUGUCCUAUUGUAUUUGCUCAUCAUGGCAAAACAUUGUAUCCAAUCCAUAUGAACAAAUUUUGCGCAGAUGUUGCAGCCCUUUAGUGGCUGUUAGUAUGACAGUUUCUAGAGGUGUGUUUAACCUAGCUACUAGAUGUGUGUUUAACACUUUAAGGUAAACACGGCUGUUAAUGCAAAACAGCAAUAUUUUAAAUUAAGAGGUUAUAAGGACCAGUGAACCCACACUGCUUCAUUGAGACCACUUACAGUAUAAUAUUGUUUUACUUUUUACUUGUGUGAGCAAUUGUCAAAAUAGGGAGAACACUUUACUCCUUGCUUUUAAGUAUAAGGUAUGCCAAGAAUACCAAGAACAGAUAUUACUUCUUGUUGAAGAAUCUCCUUAUACCAGCUAGGAAAAAGUGAGCAUUUCCACAUCUAAACAAACAAAAAGGAGUAGAACAUGUUCACUGUUGCCUUGGAGCACUGCAUGCUAAAAGUGUUUGCCUCUUAGCUUCAAUACUUUUGUACAAGAAUACAAAGGGUUGGUGAAGACACAUGCACGUGCAGAAGAAUAUAUUAAUAUAUGUGUGUGUGUGUGUGUGUGUGUGUGUGUGUGUGUGUGUGUGUGUGUGUGUGUGUGUGUGUGUGUGUGUGUAUAUAUAUAUAUAUAUAUAUAUAUAUAUAUAACAUAUAUAUAUAACACAAACCAAGAAAGUUAUGGUGGGGGGAAAUAGUGAAUAGUCAAUACAUUGUUAAACACAGAUCUGCACAUCAGUCAAGCCAUAAGACUUGAUUUUCCCACAUAAAUCUCAAAUUUGCAGUGAUGUUACUACUGCAAGGGAUUCUGGGUGGGCAUAUGCAAAUUAAUUUAACAAAGAAUUACAUAUUUUGCCUAAUUUUUCAAUUUUAAACAUGGAUUGCUUGGAGUUUGUGUUUGCUGUAUUUACCAGCUUUGAAACACAACUCAGAAAGAGAUGCACAUAUAGUGAACCACUCAUGGACAGCUGUUUCGUAGUUAAUGCAAGCAAGUAACCAACCAACCUCUUGCUGAUGAGUUGCAUUAACAACGAAACAGGUGUCCAUGAGUGGUUUGCUGGCUUUGUAUCGCUUCCUAAACAGCAAUUUAUAUAUAUUCACCAUAAAUAGGCAGCAUAAGUUGGAGGUCUUUUAAAGGUUAUUCUGGGAUCUAUUUACUAAACAGAGAGAGCAGAUUUGAGUUAAAACUGCACUCAAUAUAGUGGUUAUAAUGUUAUAACACCCACCCUCCAUUGGGGUACCUACAGACCCAUAGCAAAGCCACUAUCUUGCAGUGGUUUGGUAAAAUCCAAGGGAAAAAAGGGCACAGCUUCUCAGCCAAGGUUGGACAGAUUUGUGCAUUACACUGCAGAGGGGUCUGGGGGCACAAAAAAUGUUUGCCAGGAAAUCAACCUACUCGUAACACCAUAACUACUACAUUGCGUGCCCCGUGAAAUAACUUGCUAAAUGAAGGUUAAAAUUUCAAUUUGGAAAUAAAUCUCCACUAUCUCCACUAUUUUUGCCUACAUUUUUCAAUUGGAGUAACAUAUGAAACUUGCUGUAUGCAGCCUUUCCUAGCAAAUAUUUUUCUAAUAUGAAUAAAAAAAAUUAUAAUUGGUCUAACCACAACUUGAUAUAUUGAGAGUAAAGAAAUGUCUGUAAUCUGAUCUUUUAAAUUGCAGGUAGUUAAAUGCCAGGACUCAGGAGUGCCCUAUGUAGCUUGAAUUCCACAGUACAAUAAACCAGUACAACUGACUCUAAGUAACCACAAAUGGAAAUCAGGCUGAAUCAAGACUAUUUAACCCUUUCUUAGAAAUGGAAACAGAUUAAUGUAAGUGAUUAUGCUAGUUUUACAAAUAGAGAAGUGUUUGAGAGUUCCGAAAGGGGAUCAAUCAACAUAAAAGCCAAUGGAAUGUGGUUUUCAUAGUGAUUAAUUAUACAUUUUGGCCACUUUUCUAUCAGUGAAACUUUUAAAGCUCUGCCAAAUGAUACGUUUAAUUAUAUGUCUGGCUAUAUUAUCCCUAUUGUGGUGAAUAAUGACAGCUUGUAUAUUUCAUUGCUAACCAAACCCUUAUUAUGAAUAAGUUAAGCCAGUUUCUGUUUUCCUUGUUCGUUUUGUUAUUCACAUGCCAGUAAAAAUCUUUUAAAUUAUGAUGUGACAUCAUUUUCUUCUAUUUGGAGAAUUUGCCUAAAUGACAGUGAGAGAGAAAACAACAAAAAAGUGAAUUUAAAACAGUAUUGCAAAAUUUAGGCUAGCAUAGCAUUUUUUUAAAAGAUUCUCCAAUUUACCUAUGAUCACAGAUUGGGUAUUGUAGUCUGAAAUAAUAAAAAGGCUGAUUUUAGAUCAUUCCUAAGAAAACUCUAACAGGGUUAUUCACUAAAGUGAAAAUUCUAAAUGAAUUUCAAAUUUAAGGCCAAAAUUGCAAAACUGAAAACAUUGUUGACGUAGAGAUUUUUUCCAGUUCUGGCUUCUUUGACCUUAAAUUUGAAUUUCACUUUGAAAAAUUUUACUUUAGUAAUAAUUAUCAUGUUUAAUUUAAAAAAACAUAAUAAUCCCGUUUUCAUUGUGUAAGUUAUAUCUAUGUAUUUGGAGAUGUUAGACCUUGGAGAUUUUUUCCCCCGCGUUUUACUCUUCACCUUGGUAAUAUGUAAAUGGUUACAUUUGUUAACAGACCUACCUAUGCAGUCCAUCGCAUGGGCUUAAAAAUUAACUAAUCCUGAGGCCUUUAAAAUAUUGCCCUUAUAACCCUUAAAUUCCAAUACCAUGGCGCGUCUUGCCAAAUGUAUUGUGCAAGACUGUUAUUCAAUCAAUGAUUGUCAUUAUAUGCAAAAUAUUAAAUACAUGAUCCCUUGCUGACAUGUGUUAUCUAUGCAAUAGCAAUAGAUUUUGGAACAUAUUGAUCUCUCUAUAAACAUCUUCCAUUUUACUCUAAUUAUGUGCAAAGUGAUGACAUAUAUAUAAAUAUAAGAAUAUAUAAUUAUCAUAGUGGUAAAUUGCACAUUCAUUGUGUUAGAAUAUCAUUUUAGGAGAUCUUACAAAGUUACUUCCUUUUCAGUGCUUGGGUUUCUACCAUAAUGCUAAUGUAUGGGAAGUGUAACUUUAAACCCCUCUUAUCUUCAUACCUGCUCCCCCACCCAACCUGUAUUAUUUUUCCUGCUUAAAAAGAUUCCCCAUGACAGCAAACUCCUCACCCUCGACUUGGACACAAUAACUUCAGUGCCAGAACCGCAUUACAUCUGUUGAUCUGGCAAAGGGCUAAACAUGCUUUCUAGCGGACAAAGCUCAGCAACUACUCAUGUGCUGUAGUCACCAGGGCCGUCUAUAAUAUGAUUAGGACCCUGGGCUAUGCAUUUUCUUGGGCCCCAUGGGCCCUGUCCCUGCCACUGCCUCACCCCCCAAUUAUGCCCAACCCGCAAUCACACUGACAGACGUACUGGCACAUACACACACAGACAGAAAUUAAAACAUUCACAGAUACAUACUGACACACACAGUCACUACACACAAAUAUAUACUGGCAGACAUACUGACACACACACAUACAUACAUACACAGACACAUACAUUAACAGAUAUACUGACACACACACAAACACAUACACACACACACACAACACAUACACUGACAGAUAUACUAAAACACACAGACACAUACACUGACAGACACAUUGACACACACACACAGGCAUACUGACAUACACACUGACACACACACACAGGCAUACUGACAUAUACACAGACAGACGUAAUGGCUGAUACAGACAGACAUUAAAACAUUCACAGAUAUAUACUGACACACACAUACACUGACAUACAAAUAUAUCCUGGCAGACAUACUGACACACACAAACACAGACAUACAUACAUACAUACAUACAUACACACACACACACACAGACACAUACACUGACAGAUAUACUAAAACACACAGACACAUACACUGACAGACACAUUGACACACAUGCACAGGCAUACUGACACACACACUGACACACACACACAGGCAUACUGACAUACACAGACAGAUGUAAUGGCUGAUACAGACAGACAUUAAAACAUUCACAGAUAUAUACUGACACACACAUACACUGACAUACAAAUGUAUCCUGGCAGACAUACUGACACACACAUACAGACAUACAUACAUACAUACAUACACACACAGACACAUACACUGACAGACAUACUGACUGACACACACAGACAUACUUACAUACACACACAGACAUACUGACACACAAAGACAUGCUGACACACACACAGACAUACUGACAUACACACAGACAGACGUACUGGCACAUACAGACAGACAUUAAAACAUUCACAGAUACAUACUGACACACACAUACACUGACACACAAAUAUAUCCUGGCAGACAUACUGACACACACAUACACACACACACACACACAGAGACAUACCUACAUACACACACACAGAGACAUACCUACAUACACACACAGACAUACCGACACACACACAGACAUACUGACACACACACACACACAGACAUACUGACACACACACACAGACAUACACACACAGACAGACCUACUGACAUACAUUUAGCCACCCUCCAGGUUCUUACCUUUUCCUGGAGGGUGGUUUCCCUGGUCCAGUGGCAGGCUGAGGCAGAUGGGAGUUCUCCUCUGGAACUCCCCUCCUUCCUGCCUUCCUCCUUCUGCGCGGCCAUUAUCUCCGGUGGGAGGUCCUCCCAGCCGGCUGCAGAACCGGAAGAGGGGCCCGGUCGCGCUGUUUAAGCGCCACAGCGCUUGACCGGGCCCCUGCUGACACAUGCUCCCCGGGUGGCCCUUAGUGCAUGGGCCACCCGGGGAGCCUCCUCAGUGUGCGGGAGCCGCAGCGCACGGUCCUUAGGGGCUGCGCAAAUCGCGGGGCCCACAGAGCAGCUGCUCUGGGCCCCCAGGAGCAACUGGGCCCGGGGCAGCUGCCCCGUUUGCCCCGCGUUAAAGACGGCCCUGGUAGUCACUGUGACAGAACGCAGGUGAACCUAGAUGAGCAUUUUCCUCCUCGCUUGUUAGUUAGUUCUCAACAUCGGUGGCUAUUUUGUAGGUGUAGAUCUAUCUGCCAAGAAUUGAUUACAUUUGCUUGCAAUUCUAUUACUAUGAUUGAUAGAUAAAAUGGUAUCAUCUUUAAUUAAAUGCAAAUGUAUCUAUGGCCAUGUUAGGUACAGUUUAACAUAGUGUGAACGCUCCCAUGUGCUCAUUGCAAUGGCAUUUAUAACCAAAGUAUCUUUGAAGUUUUUCUUUGUAUGCAUUGUGACAUCAAUAAUUGCACGCAAAGGCUGUACAAAGUACAACUAAGGGCUCAUUAAAAUCUGCCCUUAGAAAUAUAUCUUAUCUGUUACAGGUAGAUUCAAAGCAAGUUGGAUUCCCAAGGAAAAUUUCAAACCUCGUAGUUUAUCAUUAACCCAACACCUUUCUAUUCUAAGUCAAACGUAAAUGAAGCAAACAAUUCUGUUUCGUCAUAUUUUACUUUAGUGUUGCAAUAUUAAAUCACCUAAAAUGAUCGGUAAUUGUUUGCAGAUAUAAUUUUGAAGGGACAUUGCAAAAGUAAAGCAAUCUUAUAACAUCAUAAUAACAUUUGAAAAUCAAGUGGGCAUUAUAUUUUCUUUACAGUUUUACAUUAUACUUUGGAUCAUUAUACCUUUCAGUUUAUACCCACUAACACUCACAUUAUAAUCAAUUUUAAUACCAAGUUGAUUUCCAAGGCCAAGAAUAAUUGGUCCUUGAAAUUUGUAAAAGAACAGUGGCAAUUAAAUAAUUAAAAAUAGUGUCCCGUAUUUAAAAUCAAGACCUUUUCAGCAUUUUAUUUUUUAUUCCUUGUGCAUAUUUUGGCAAACACCCCUUAUUUCUAUAGCACCAUAACCUAUUUCCACAAGCCGAUACACCACAAGUCACAGUUUCGGUACCCACAUUCUCAAUCUGUACCAUUUCUCCAGGACCACAAACAGUGCCUGUUUUAUCUAUUAUCUUGAAGAUGAAUCGACUAAUUCUGGACAAUUGUUUUUUUAAAGAUGCUUUGAUCAGCAUUAUUCUGUAUGAUUUUCAGUGACGCAGCACAUAAUGAAAAGUGCUAAUUAUCUGUCAUUUCUAAUGAAAGUUCUCCAUUGCCCUUAAACAUUGACAUAGUGUCUGCUGUUAAGAAACACAAGUCAAUAGAACAUUUCAGCACCUAGCAAUGUCAUCACUGAGUAUUUGUUCAUAGAUCUUAGAAUUAUAUUGAGACCCAGUGAUUUUACGAUUUGGCUUAUCAUUUUUGUUCUAUAGAACUCCUUUUAUUACUGUAAUCCUCUGCUAUUGUUAUCACAUUCUACAUAACCACAUAAUUGUUUGUCGCAUGACAUUCCAUUGCAGAAUGACAUUCCAUUACAGAGACUGUGUUCUCCAGUGACAAAGUCUAUUCUAGGUGGAGCCAGUCUAUAGCUCACUUUCUGCAAUAUUUUUGCAAAACUCGGUAUAGUAAGUUAGUUUUGUCUGUCUUAGUAAAACAUGGACAACAAGCGUUAGAUAGUUACAGCUUGUUCCCUUUUAAACUUGUUCUAUUCUUCAUGUAUACGUUAAAUUAUACACCAAGCUGCCAUUCAUUAUUUUGCACUGUGCAAUUAACAGGGAAUUCUUAUUUUAUUAAUAAUACAUUAAAUACUUUAUCAUUUUUCUCCGGUGUCAGAUUUCUUUUUUUGUGUGUCAACAUUUUAAUAGCAUGCAGUACCGUUUUAUAUUUUACCCUGUCUAUGUCAUCUGUGUAACAAGUAUCAUGGUUAAACCAUCACGUUACCUUCUUUUUUCUUUUGUCUUGGAAGAUACCCUGUAAAAGUGUCUUUAUUGGUUUGUUAUUAAAGACAUUGAUUAAUUUUGAUACAGGUGGUGUAAUUAUCAUACCUACACUAUUUCCACAUGUUCAGCAGCUUUCCCGAGGCAUUCAUUCACAAGUCAUAUCAUGUAGUAAGUUACAGAAGCAUUUGUUAAUCAGGGGAACAUUUCUCUUGAAUUUGAUGUUGCCAUAAUGGGACAUCUAGAGAUUCUUUCUUAUUUCUCAAUGAUGGUUAUACAUACAAGUAUAGUGAUUAUUUGGCUCUUUUGAUGUGAUGAAAUACUAUUUUUAUUUAUUUUAUUGUACUUUUAUUAAAAAAUAAGGAAGAGGUUACAAAUCAAAAAUGUACUUAUAUACGGUUUAAGUUAAUCAAUAUCUCUCAGAAAGCUUCAUCCCUAUGAUUUAUUAUAUCAUAAUCUUCCAAAAUCUAUAUACAAGGAUGCCUUGGGCACAAUUACAAAUAAUUGCCUUAUGAUUUCUUAGACGCUGUAAUGUGCUGACAGGUCACCUCCAUUGAAAACAGAAAACUGGGUUUGGUGUGCAAUUCAGGCUCAACCUUUAACUGUCCUAUUGACAAGGAGGUGAUGACGCUGCAUUCACUGCUACAGAGACACAAGGCAAAAUCUAAAACAGAGUUCUCUAAUUGUUAACUGCAGCGUUGACAGAUUCCCAUCAUAUUACACAUCAACUUAAAAGAACUCUUCUUGAGAUAAUCCAUAGAAUAAAUGUAUCUACGUGUGUAAUCCCAGAUUAAAGCAUAAUGCAGACAUUUGACUUAACUAGUUGCAAACAUUUUAUAUUUUAGGCCAUUUUAGAUCAUUACCAUAAACAGUGUUUGCAAGCUACAUUAAUACAAAUUAUAUUCAUCUACUUUUUUUUAUAAAAACACAUUUAUUUAAAAAAAUAUAUAUUUUAUAUGAUCUGCAGAAACAAUUUGGAAUUUGAACAAUGUAUAAAACAAGUUGUAAUUUUUGUUAGCACUGUUGAAUGAUCCAAUAUAUGGUAACUGUGAAAAGUAUACUUUAGCUAACAGUCAUAUGGCUGAAAUAAAUGUAGAAAAAGCAGAGAGUGGCUCCCAAGGUCCUGCAACCUCAAACCACAACAUGAUGCAUAUAUUUCAUCUUCUUAAAGUUAAUGUGUACAUCAAUCAUGGAAAGCCCAGUAAUGGAUGCAUAGUAUCCAUUAUUUUAAAUCCUCUAGCUACUACAGAGUGUCCAUCAAAUAAAAAUCUACUGUAGAGUAAUACAAAUAGACCCCUUAUACACUGCAGCAGAGUAUGUGCCAUUUUAAACUCAGUACUUAUUUAGAAUGCCCCUCAUCGUAAAUAUACUUAAAGGGACACCGUAGGCACUGUAUCUGCUUCAUCUCAUUAAACUGAUUAUAGUGUAUGGAGUCCCCUGGUGCCAUCAUUUCUAUCAGCAUUAAACAGUUUUUAAAGUUUUAAUGUUUUAAUGCUAAACAAGAGUCCCCGGCAAUCCAUCCCCUCUGUGCUGCUUUUGCUAAUAAGGAAGUAUUAGCCUGAGCAGCAAUGGGCAGCUGUGAUUGGCUAAGAGUGUCAGCUGACUGCUUUUAGCCUGUCAGAGUUCCAACUGACGGUAUGAGUGGGUAUGACAACAAGGAAGUGUGUAAUCUCUGCCUUAGCUACACAUACUGAAGGGGCCGGACUGAGGGUGGCCAGGGACUCCUAUUUUGUGGCAUACUGCACGAACAUAGUGCAACACUGAAUGGAGGGACAGUGCCAGGGUACUCCAGGCACUAAAACCAAUUCGAAGAGAUGAAAUGGUUAUAGUGACUACAGUGUCCCUUUAAAGGGACCAUAUAGUCACCAGAACAACUACAGCUUAUGUAAUUUGUUCUGGUGAGUAGAAUCAUUACCUUCAGGGUUUUUGCUGUAAACACUGUCUUUUCAGAGAAAAUGCAGUGUUUACAUUACAGCCUAGUGAUAACUUCACUGGCUACUCCUCAGAUAGCUGUUAGAGAUCCUUCCUGGGUCAUGGCUGCUUAAAAUGCAUCCAAACAUUCAGUAUCUCCUCCCUCUAGAUGCAGACACUGAACUUUCCUCAUAGAGAUUCAUUGAUUCAAUUCAUCUCUAUGAGGAGAUGCUGAUUGGCCAGGGCUGUGUUUGAAUCAUGCUGGCUCUGCCCCUGAUCUGCCUCUUUGUCAGUCUCAGCCAAUCCUAUGGGGAAGCACUGUGAUUGGAUCAGGCCACCACUUCUGAUCAUGUCAGCAGACUGCUUGUUUUUUUUUAGCCAAACAGCAUGCAGAUCUACAGCUUCAGGCUUGACUACAGUAAGAUUUUGCUAUAUUUAUGGAGGCGUGAGGGGCCCAGGGGGGCUAGAUGGAGGUUUUAACACUAUAGGCUCAGGGAUAUAUGUUUGCGUUCCUGACCCUAUAGUGAUCCUUUAAUUGAAACAUUGUACUGAUUUGCGCUGAAUCUUUUAUAUGCAACAUUGUAAAAUAUUCCUUGGAUAUUAUAAAUUACAAGUAGGGAUUUUAUAAAAAGUGUAUUUCUUUGUUAUGUUCUCAUAUUCUGGCAUUUUAAUCACCUUCAUCUAAAGUGUUUUUGAUAUUUUUAGGUUCAAAGGGGCACUCGAAGCACCAUAACCAUUGCAAAGCAAUAAAGUGGUUGUGGUGCAAACAGUCUAUAGGUGCAUCCUCCAGUUUUUCUUUGAAUCUCUUUAUCCGCUUUGAUAAUGUGAAAUUUAUACUUCUAAAGCACAUUAUAUUUGUUUGAACAUGCAUUUGGUCUAUGGAAUAGUAGGUAAGGGAAACCUUUACUUUAAAUGUAAUCCAUAAACAAACAAACUAUUGAUGAAUGCCUUACGCUAGUUACUAUGGAGAGUAUUGUUAUUGCUUACAAUGUGUGGAGGCAAUAUUUUCUUUGGGCUAAAUAGAUCAAGGCUCUAGCUCUCUGGAUAUAUUUCACCAAUUCAGUUUUCAAACAUAGGUAUACAUUUUCAAGGUAAUUGUAACAGCAACUCAUAACAAUUUGUCCCAAGUCAUAAUGAUUGCUUACCGUAAACACAUAUAAUUUGUUUACAUAAUACAUACCAUAUUUGAAUUCUACUACAAAACUAAAAGGUACCCAGGCUUCAACAAAUAUCAAGGCUUUAGCAUUGUGGUCUGCUAGCUCAAAAGGUGCCCACUACCUUUCCAUGGGGGUUUAAUAAGAAAAUUUAAUUUAGAACAAGAUUAAAGUGUGUUAUAAACACAGGCAGAUUUAUAAGCAUAUUUGCUCUAAUUUAUAAACCUUUUACUUACACACCAAAUCACUGAAAAGUGGUACAUUCUGAAUGUCUUUUUUUUUUUUUAUUUACCUUUAUAGUAAUAUUCACCCCAAUAAAUGCCUUAAUAGUGUUUACUGAAUUGAGGAACACGGUUCUGUCGCUCCGAGAGAAAUUGCAAUCCCACUUUACAUAUGAUAAAAUUUAUUUUAAGCAUUAUAUUAUGGUACUAUGUGGUUUAACAGUUCUCUUCAAGGAAGGAAGCAAUUAAGAGUUGUAAUGUGACCUCCCCCCUCCCCCCUCCCCCCUUUUAAACAACCCUUAAUGGACAAGAAGGGCAAUUUGUUAUUUACAAAACAAGAUCUCUACAUAGGGAAUGUGAAGAAUUUCAAUUGCUGAAAACAAACUUAUGCAUUUAUUCGCCUUGCAGUCAAUAACCAACAAGCUAAAACAUACACCAAAUAGUUUUGUGAGUUUUGUGUGGGGGAGAGGGUGGUAUCAAAUACAUUUCGAAUGACACAUCGUGAUAUAAAUUCAGAGUACUAAAUUAUUCAUCGUUGUUUUUCAUGUUACCACUAGGAGGGGCAAGCUGCUACCCUUUCUUUUGACCUUUAAAAAUAAAUAAAUCAUUUUAAACAUAAAUUCAAGUGUCUUAUUAUAUUCCGUAAGGAAUUAUCAAAUUAUAUGAAAUAACAGAAUUAGCAUUGUGUAUGUAUUCUAGAAUAUUGUUGCACGUUAUGCACAAUCUUAUAAUUAUUUUAUUUCUUUUCAGUAGUUUUUAAAUCGAAUAUUUCAUAUAAUGAGGACUAUAUAAGAUAUUUUUGUUUUUGGUCGCAAAAGACAAAAAUAUAGAAAGAAAUGUCUGUUAGACUUACUAGUUAAUAUAUAUACGUUACUUAUAAUAUUCUUCUGUUUUUUGUGGGUUUUUUUUGUAGGGGUUGGAGUGUUCUUCUAUUAAUAUCUUGCCGCUACAUUCCAUUCUACAAAAUAGCUAUGUUUAGGACACAACGGAAUGUGGGUUUAUUAAACAAUACCUUUGCUGCAUGUAUCUUUGAAAUAAUAGGAUAAAAUAUUACUUACAUCAAUACAUAAACAAUACUUCUUAAACACAUUUUUUUAUAUAUAAAAAGUAAGUGGAAUUUAUAAACCUAAGUGGAAUGAAUUGACAGCAGAAUGCUAAAUCCAAAUCUAAAGACUGCUCUUGGAAAUCCAAGCCAAUUGGCAAGUGUAUUAUUAGACGAACAUUGUUAGUAUUCAACAGAAAUUCAAAGAUUUAGUUGUAGUUGUUCUGGUGACUAUAGUGUCCCUUUAAAAUAAACAUGCCUCUCUAAAACAAAUAUCUUCGUAAAAGAAAGGUCUUUGUUAAUAUUUUACAAAUGCAUGUAUUAGAAAUUAUUUUACAUUCACAUGCAUGAUUUUCAAGGCUUUUUGGGGGGUUUUGAGAUCAGCACGGUUCAGUUCCUGUCUUUUCUCUUGUCUGCAAGUCAGUAAACUUGCCAGGUAUUGACAGGAUUCGGCUGCAAAUGCAGUCAUCUUAUUGAUUAUAAUGAGAUAAUGUUCAGCAUGCACUCUUACCAUGCAUAUAUUAAAACUGAUGCAUACAUGCACUCUGGCGUAAUGUUACACUUUUACAAAGUUCAUCCACUACAGGUAGAUCCCCAGAUGUUGUCGAACUAAAACUCCCAUGCUGCUUUGUCAUUCUAAAUGCAUUCUAAAGGCAUCAUGGGAGUUGUAGUUCCACAACAUCUGGGGAUCUACCUGUUGGGCAGCCCUGAACUAAAGCAUAUGUAGCAGCAUGAUUGAUACUGGAGCAGUAUUUCUAUGUGACAUGCUGUUCAACGUGCCUGUGUAAUGAAGCACAUGGUUGUUUGCAACGUUAUAAGAGAAUAGUUUUUGAUUUUUAACUUAAUUAGCCUUUUUAUUAUUAUUAUUAUUAUUUUGGGCAUUUCUAUAGCACCAACUUAUCCCGCAGUACUUUGAAAUAUUAUAUACACAUUCAAGUGAACAUUGUGUAGAUCACCAGCUGUGUUGUCUUUUAAAUUCUUUGGAGUAGCUGUAUAAUUCUUUACAUUUCUACCAUUAAAGGUUUUGUAGAGACAUGUUUCCUUUUUGAUAUGAUUUGCGGGCUCCAAUUAGAAUUACUGUUCUAUCAGAUUGUGAAACUGAUCCUUCUUUUAAUUUUGUGCUUGAUAUGUUGGAAUAGUAGAAACCUGACUUCGUCAAUGGGUAGGUUAUGGGUUCCAAGAUUGUAAAUGCUGACAUGACACACCCACUGACUAUCACUGUUUCAUCAAUCUGGGCAAAUAUUUAACUUACUUCCACAUUAUGGGUUGAAACCAAACUUCCGAUCAUAAAGUCAAAACUAAUUUGCAAAUAGUUACAGGACAGAUGAUGUAGGGAGGUUUUAUUUUUAUGACUGCAUCAAAAGCUAAUCAACAGAACAGAUGGUGAUAACUACGCUUGAAAUAACUUUGAAUACACGUCUUGUUUUUUUUUUUUUUAAAUAGGAUGACUUCCAUCAGAAAAUAAAAUAAUAUCUCACUUUCAUUCUACAUGUUUUAAAUGUUUGUAUUUAUAUAUUACAUUAGAUCAGGGUUAUCCAAACUCUUUCCCUCCAGAUGUUGCUGAACUACAACCCCCAUGAUUCGGAUCAUCAGCAAUAUCCACAGUUUGGAUAAUCCUGCAUUAGAUGAUAAUAAUAUAAUAGCUUAUGAUAAUGAUAACGUAGUAAAACAUAUACGUUCAUAAUGUAAGGUAGGUUUUAAAAUUUACUUUAAGUGUGUAUCUAUCAGUAUUAAUAAUUUUUGGGUUUUUUUUAGUUUAUUUUACAGGUUUUUUCCUGCUACAAGCAGUUUGUGGAACUACAGUGGUGCCUUUAUGUAAUUCUGAUGGAUCUUUGGAGAACUGCACAACCGCUAUGAGUAAGAUAGAGUUAUAUAUCUUUGUUAAUAAUAUGCUACAUUAUCACUUUAACACAUGUAGUAUGUAGUACAUAUUAUUUGCCCUCCUAAUAAUUUUAUAUGAGCCAACAGGGCAUAAUAUGUGUAUAUGGAUAUUGGCGCAAGUAGCAAUUUAAGGAAAAAAAUUACAUUUACAUUUUUAAAAAACUAAUACUAAAGGUAAUAUGCAAUCCACUUUAUUCAGUGCAAGUUGUGGAAUUCUGAAUCAUAACAAUAACUAUAAAAUCUAAUGUAAUGUUCUUGCUGAUUGAUGUUCUUUUUGAAUCAAUGUGUUCUGUUCUAACAUGUUCUGUUCUGAAACAUGGUGUAAAUACUAAAAAUGGAUCAAUCACCAUGGAAACUAGUGGAAUCAGCAAGCGGUUUCCAUUGGUAAUUCCUUACCUUUUACAUGUUUGCAUCACUGUUUAAAACAAUUUGAUAACUAUUCUUCAGUGUACUGUUUUGUUAGGUUUUCACUUUGCAUUAUAACGCUUUUUUUCUUUAACUAUACAAUACAUAUAAUACAUGAUUUGAAUUAAAACUCUAACUAUAAAAUCAUAUAAAUUGUGUCUAAUGUGUGUACUUUUUCUUGUAUUUUAGUAAAAACAAACAGCAGCCCACGUGCAGUAGCAGCAAGAGUAGGAGCAUGUGUAGGAGAAAUGGAAAAAUUUUGCUGGAAUGGCCAGUGCAUGUACUUUAUCGAUCUAGACGAACAUUAUUGCCGGUAAGAAUAAGAAAGUUAUGUGACCCUCUAUCUACCAUCCGGAAAUAUACAUCCAAACUUUAACAUCUUUGAUGUCUUCAAAAAACUCUCCUUCAAGAAUACUAUUCUAAAACAGAAUACCCACACUCAAGUAUCAAAAUCAGGACUGCAUUAAAAAUCACUUAAUCUAAUGCAGCCAUAUGAUUAAAAACCAGUGCCUUUACCUAAAAAUGGUAUUGUUUCUUGUUUUUUUUUAAUCCGCAAUCUCACUAGGGGCCUCAGACUAAGAUAAGCAAGAAUAAGUGCAUAGUAGCAGGUGAAAUGGAAAACAAUAUUGAGUGACAUGCCUAUGAUGGUUCUAUGUAACUAAAGUACACUUAAAGGGACACUGUGUUCUUUAAAACAACUUUUACUUAAUGAAAGGCUGUUUUGGUGUAUAGAUCAUAUCCCCGCAGUCUUACUGCUCAAUUCUCUGCCAUUUAGAAGUUAUAUCACUUUGUUUAUGCAACUAUAGUCACACCUCCCUGUAUGUGACUUACACAGCCUUCCUAAACAUUUCCUAUAAAGAGUCAUCUAAUUUUUACACUUCCUGUAUUACAAAUUCUGUUUAAUUUAUAUUUUCUUAUCUCUUGCUCUGUUAAUAGCUUGCUAGACCUUGCAGGAGCCUCCUGUAUGUAAUUAAAAUUUAAUUUACAGAGCAGGAGAUAAUAACUUUCAAAGUAAGUUUGAUUGAAGCAAUUUUGUUUUCAUGCAGGCUGUGUCCAUCAUAGCCAGGGGAGGUGCGACUAGGCUGCAUAAACAGAAAAAAGUGAUUAAACUUCUAAAUGGCACUAAAUUGAGCAGUGAGAUUUUAGAGGCAUGAACUAUACACCAAAACUGCUUCAUUAGGUUAAAGUUGUUUUGGUGACUACAAUAUUCCUUUAAAGGGCUACUAAAAGUACCAUGACCACUUCAGUUUUUUGAAGUGGUCAUAGUGUCUGGAGUCUGUAAAUGCAGCAUUUUGCUUUGAAAUGUCUCACAUAACAAGUUUAACCCCUAGGCUCCUGGAGAUGUAAUUCUACCUCUGGAAGCUUCAUGGGGUGUCAUCGCCCCAGAACUUCAAACUGGCUAAUGUCAAUUCUGUGUAAUUGUCUUUUUUUUUUUUUUUUGCACAGUGUGCCAUUUAUUGGAGUAGCACUAUAAGCACUUCCCAAAAAUCUAUAUUCUUAGAUUAAAUAAUGUAUAUUUCAUAUUCUGGGAGCUAUGCAUUAAACAGUGAGUUGUGUGAAUUUAUAGUCAAAGCAUCUAAUUUUUGAAAAUGUCAUAAGUGUAAAUGAAGAGUUUUUCAAACUGUGUGAUAUUUCAAAAUAUAUGAGAUUGUACAAAAUACUUCGUUGGUAUGUAAUUGCCUAGAAUGCCAAUACAGAGUUAUUACGUUUUUCAGUUAAAAAAAUAAAAAAAUAAGAGAAAAUUAAAGUAGUUAUCAUUUUAUCUGUACAUAAAAUAACACGUGCAAUUCUCUUCCACUUUAGGUGCGAUAAAGGUUAUACUGGCACACGCUGUACCCACACAGAACUUGUCCAUCAGCCACUUAGUGAAGAAUAUUUGGCUCUCACAAUCUUUUUAACAGUAAUGCUUCUUUUAGCAGUUGCUGUGGCAGCAUUUUUUGCAUAUAAAUGGUAUGUAUUUAUUAUUUCACUGUACUUAUCAAAUAAAUUAUAAUACAUAGGCUUAUUCAUUAAAGUGAGAAUUGUGGGGAGAUCAAAAUAUCCGAACUUGGACAAUUCUCCAAGUCAGCUUUACUUCCAAAGUGGCUACUUUGGCCUUAAAUGUAAGGUUAACUUUGAAUGCACUUUGAAUUUCUGACAGUUCUUGUUUUAGUAAAUAGUUUACAUUUAGUGGAUAAUCCUUUUUUUUUACUUUAACUCCAACAUCAACAGCUAUGAUCACAGCUUGACUAUGUUACCCUUUAUCUAUUUUUUUUCUGUUUUGCCCUUUAUUUGUAACUUAUUUGUAAUUAAAUUUGCAAAAGUGUUUAGUGAACAUAUCCGUUCAAAAAUUCACUUUUGUGUUUUGCCAGAAGAAGACAUUGAUAUCAGUCAUUCCCUAAUUUAGAUUUGAUAUUUUUGGAUCAGCUUUUCAAAUGAUGUAAUAUUUUUAGAUAAGCUUUUAAAAUUAUUUUUUUCAAAAUAUUAACAUAUCAAAACUUAUAUCACAUAUAAAGUCAUCAAUAUAUAGAUAUAAAAACAACAUGCUAUAAUAAAAUUAUUUUUACAAAUUUGAAAUCAUGUUAAAUGUUUAUCAAAAAAUAUUAAAUCAUUUGAAAAGCUUAUCCAAAAAAAUAUUAAAUCAAGGCCCUUAUUGGGAUAGCACUGGGGUAAUAUUUUUCUACAAAACUUCAUUUAUUUUUAUUGUAAAUGCAUUAAUCUUUAAUAAAUUGCCUAAACUAUAUUCUAGUUAAAAUAUUAAUAUUUCUGUUUUUACAGGCAUGUAUUUAAUUGUUUAAUGCAUCUGAUGGUUGGGUGGAUCGGUGAGGGGUUGGGUGGAUGAAUGCAUGGAUGGGUGGUUAGAUAUUUUUGCAUUUCUUUUUUCUGAGUGUGAAAUGUUAACUUUGUUAAUUAUGUACAGUUUAAGCAUAUCUAAAUAUCAAGCUCUUUUUUAAUAGUAUUUCCUUAAUUUGUAUUUUAGGUAUAAAAAUAAGAAACUAAGGCAGCCAAUCAAGGAAUACAAAGAAGUCAAUACACAAAAUAUAUAGAGAUGCUACCUUCAAACCUUCAAUCAAAAGAAAAUGAAAAAAAAAUCAAAAGUGUUCACCCUCAUUUGUAGUAGGGGUGCAGAAACCUGGUUCCUCAAAAGUGUCUACAACUUCGAAAGCGAAAGGAAAUAGCUCGGUUCUAGUAUGCUUGUGUGGAAAGAUCCUUCUAUUUGUGCCCUUUCGCAGCAACUUUUAAACCUUAAUAUGAUCAUUUUAAGACUGAGAAAUACAUAAGUAAGGUCAAAAUAUUGAUGUGAAAGGUAACAAAUAAAAUAUAUUCUUGCACACAACUGGAGGAGUGCUGGACAUAUUUUUUAUUAUUAUUUUUUUUAUUGUGCCUUCUAUCUAAGUCAAGGACUUUCAAUUCCAGUCCUCAUAUUCAGAAGAACACAGCAAGUUUUAAAUAUAUUCUCACAUGGACACAUAUGGAUGGACAAUGGAGUAAUAGAACAUCUCCUAUAUGAAGAUGAAUUAAGAGCGGUGAUUGUGGAUUUAUUGUCAUCUAUGUAUGAAAGAAUUUAAAUUGAGAUAAUUAUUAUUUUAAGUCUGAUUUUUUUUUAUUUUUUUUUACUUGCUCAAUAUUUAUACCAAGUAAUAUUUCCAAGGGAGUAAACAAAGGUCAAUGAAUAGUGUUUUUUUUCCUAAUUAAUGUUAUUAAACAAUUUUGCAUUGUUGUUAUGUUUGUUUUUCUGACCAUAGUUACUGUACACAUCUUUCCAUGUGCAGAUCAACUGUAUGUAAAUAUUUUAUUAAAAAAAAAAAACACCAUUUUGUAACUUAAAAAUUUAUAUUUUUUAUUGAAUAUUUAUGUUUUGUCUUAUUUGUCUUUAUAAAUGUAUUUAAGAUUUUAGUUUUCUUCCUAAAACUAUAAAUAUGCAUCUUCUGUUGCUGUAUAAAAUUUGAUGUAUCACAACUGGAGAAGGCUUGGAGAAAGUCAGUCAUUUGAGGCCAUUUGGGUUUGCCUAUUUGCCAAAUUCACUGUUUACAGAGUUAUAUUUGAUUUGGUCCCCAUUAAUUUCAGCAAAUUACUCAGUUACUCUGGGGGCUAUGUUGCCAAACCUGAAUUAUCAACAUUUAAGUUGAGCAACUUAGGUGAACUGCCAGUGUAAUAUGCAUUGGAUAAUAGAGGGUCCAACAUACUCGAGAAAAAUGAGCUCAAAUAGUAUGGAUAGGUCAGCCUUAAUUAUGUAUGUAAACACUAUGAUAAGCUUGAGACAUCUAAGUGAAAAACAUACCAGAUUAUAGAGCAUAUGAGGACACCCUUCUGCCUCUUAGAAAACCUGAAAUGUAAAAUGUGAUUAAAGAAUCUUUCUAAUAAACAGACAAUGCAUUAUGUAAGAUUAAGGUCUGUUCUUCCAUUUAUGUCACUGUUAUUUUAUAAUAUCUCUGGCUUUUAAAGUGAUUGAUCAUAACAGAGUUCCAUUUUGGUAAAACUUUAAUUUAAUCAUUGCACCAGCCAAAUAGGUAGAAUGUAUACAGAUGACCAGAUAUUUGGAAAUAGGAAAUGUUAUAAUCUAUUCCAUUUUUGGCUCUGGUUAUACAAUAGUUGUAUGAAAGUGAGUUUGCACCUGACCCAAAUGGAUUGGUGACUUGUUCCACAAUGAAUGCUCAAAAUUACAGUAAAGGAUUACAAUUGGACUUUGUCUUGUUAUGUAUCAAAAUGUCAUAUGAUACAUUAUGAAAACCUGUACAGUGAUAGAACACAUUGUUAAAAAAACACGUUGUUGCAGGAUGCUGUAAUUUAAAAUGCAAUAGAUGACUGCCAUUGAUUUUGUUUAGGAGUCAUUAUACUGUUUUGAUGAUUGUUUCAGCCGCCAUGAAGGCUAUUGUACUCAUUCAAGUAAAACAGUUGUGUUAAUGCUUAAUGGUGCUUCAUGGAUUAUCCCCACUGAAUUACUUGUCUUGUGUGUGGUGUGUGCUUUAUUUAAAUGUUGCACUUCUUGAUGUAAUACAUGUGAAAUGUUAAAGUAUUCUCCUGACGCAGCAAUUGUUUUUUCAGGGAACAGUCAUUUAACUACCAAAUGUAAAACAAUAAAUGUUUUGUUUUUUUCUAUGCUAAA